AUGGCGGCCGAGGCGCUAGGGUUCAUGGCGCGGGGAGCCAGCGGCGGGAGGGCGGCGGAGCUCGUCACCAGGGACUUCCUCGGCGGGUGCGCCGGCUCCGACGACGCCAGGGACGCGUCCACCAGGAAUGACGCCGUGCACGGGUGGGUGUCCCAGCAGAAGCACGCGUGCCCGGCAACGCCAAGGGACCUCAACCUGUUCCCGGUCGCCGCCGCCGCCACGAAGCCCUGCGCGGUGACGACGGCCCCGGCGGCCGCGCCCUCGCCGAACGCGGCGGGCGCCCCCUCGGCCUCCGUGGGCGGCGCCACGACGACGUACCACAGCGUGUGCACGAUCGAGAAGGUGAAGACGGCGCUGGAGCGGUUCGAGCGCGGCAAGCAGCAGCAGUCCCCCCACCCGCACCACGGCCACCAGCAGCAGCAGCACAGCGGCGCGGGCGCGUCCCCGUCGUCGUCGUCCGUGACCACGUCCUCCGUGAAGCGCCGCGGCGGCGACAGCAGCGGCGGCGGCGGCGUGGAGCAGGGCGACGGCUGCGACUCGCCCUCCGGCGGCGUCGGCGGAGGGAUGGUGGCCGCGGCGUGCCCCAGGUGCUUCCUGUACGUGCUCAUCUCCCGGAGCGACCCGCGGUGCCCUCGUUGCGAGUCCCACGUCCCGGCCCCGCCGCCGCCGUCGCCGGCGCCGGUCGUCAGCAAGAAGCCGCGGAUCGACCUCAACGUCGGCUACCUCGGCACCUAG